ACUUGCAAAUACAAAACCGAGGCCAGCAAAGACGGUGGUGAAAACGCAGAUUGCGUUGUCGUUUAAAGCACCACAAAAUACAGUAAUCGAACUCUCUCCAUUGCCAACCCUUUCUAUACUUCUUUCUCUGUUAGUGGAGAAUUUUCUUUGCUUCCUUUUGAUUUAUUCGCCAGUACAGACACACAAAGAGAGAGAGAGAGAGAGAGAGUGUGUGCGUGUGUGUGUAUAUAAAUAUCCAUUAUCUGUAGAAAUGGCAGCAGCGGUGGAAGAAGUUGUUCCGAAGAAAGCUGAAGCAGAGGAGGCACCAGCAGCUGUGGCGGUGAUGGGGAAGUCCAACGACGUCGUUAAGCAUGAGCCUGCUGCAAAGAUCCCUGAUCCCAUAGCCAAGACAGGCUCCAAAGGAUCCCUUGAUAGAGAUGUUGCUCUUGCAAAGCUCGAAGAUGAGAAGAGGUUGUCAUAUAUCAAGGCAUGGGAAGAAAGUGAAAAGACCAAAGCCGAAAACAAGGCACAGAAGAAGCUCUCAGACGUUAAUUCGUGGGAGAACACGAAGAAGGCUGCUCUUGAGAGCGAGCUAAAGAGCAUUGAGGAAAAAAUGCAGAAGAAGAAGGGAGAGUACGCGGAGAAGAUCAGGAACAAGGUCGGACUAGUGCACAAGCAGGCCGAGGAGAAGAGGGCCCUGGUUGAAUCCAAACGCGGAGAAGAGCUACUCAAAGUUGAGGAGACCGCUGCAAAACUCCGUGCAACGAAUCAAGCCCCGCCAAAGUCCUGCGGUUGCCUCGGUGGCUAGAAAACAAGUGAAUCUAUCAUCUAUCAUCUAUCACCACCAACAUCAUGUUUGAAUAUUGAAUCAUAUAACUUUGUUUUUGGCUUCUGUAUAGAUAGUGUCUUAUGCUGUGUGAUUCUACUACUAUGCUCUGUUAUGUCAUCUCAUGUCAUGUUGUCUUUUUUGGAUUGUAACAAGAAAACAAUUGUCUUGAAUAAGUCCACUGUUUGUUUGUCUUUUCCUA